AUGGGCUGUGGUUUGUCUCGCGAAUCCCGGGCUCCGGCGGCCGAAGACCAUGAGGGCGCUGCUCGUCAUGCGACCCAGGAUCCCUCGUCUACAACUGCUCGUACCGCACCUUCAGGAAACACUCCGACUGAACUACUCGAUCGACCCAACCAGCCCCUGCGCGCUGCACCUACUGUCAAACAUUCGCCUCCCCAACUCGCGCUGAAACCAUGGACGCCAUCAGAACUCGCAAGACAGCGCGAAGCCUUCUUUGAAACCAGAGUCAGCGGACGACCCGAGAUGUGGGCUGCGAUGAAGCAGGUAUCGGAACUUCUUCGAGCUGGCGAUCUGAGCGCGGCGCAAACCAUCCUGGACGCCAGUGGUGCUACCUGCCCGACUGGCAAGUUCUGUGUUGAAAGAAGAAGAGGUGGACAGAAGAAAGGAGGAGUCUAUGACGACAAGGGCCUGCUGUACGAGAUUCCUGGCUGGGUAGUCUCUGACCCCGAAGACCUUGUCGAAGAGCCCGAGAUCGAAGGCAAGGAUAUCAACGAAGAGUCAGAAGACGAGAUUGAUGCGGAGAAGGGUAUGGUGUGUGAGGAGAAGAUCGGAGAGUUGGUGUCAGUCAGAGCACGACUCAGCGAUCGUGGCACCGAUGUGGUCGUUGAGAUGGGCACGAACCAAAAAGUGUCUGUCUUGGUCAAGAAGGUGCAAGAGAAGGCUGGUAUUGAGCAAAAGGUCAAGCUGGCGUACAUGGGCAAGAUUCUCGAGGAGCACAAACCAUUGGGCCAGACGAGCUGGAAAGAGGGACACAUCCUCAAUGCCUUGGUCUUUGGCUGA